AUGGUCAUGGAUGUCGCUCGCACGUCCAUGAUCCAUGCGGCUGCUCCCCAUUUUCUGUGGCCGUUUGCGGUUCAGUACGUGGCGCAUCAGAUCAACCUUCAGCCCCGGGUCUCCAUGCCCGACACCUCCCCCACUCUGAGGUGGACAGGGCAGUUCCCUGUGUCUUCCUUGGCUUCCCCCCUGACGCGCCUGGUUGGCAGUUUUACCACCCCACCUUGCGCCGUGUUCUGUCCUCCCAGGACGUCACGUUUGACGAGUCGGUUCCGUACUACCGUCUCUUCCCCUACCGCGCUGCCCCCCUUCUCACCUCCCCCGCCGCUCUUCCUUGCGCCAGGUCCCCCCCCGGUAGACCCCCUCCCCCCUCAGGGUCCUGCUCCUUCAGGUGUGUCUCAGGUAGACCCCCCCCCCUUGGCUGAGCCUUUGGAGGUCACUUCCGACACCUCUGGCUCACCUGAGGGGGGUGACGUUGCUGCUGACGCCCCGGCGGCCUACCGCCGCGCACCACGCUUGGAGACCCCUCCGGGGUUCCCUCCGCGACCUUCUUCACCGCCUCUGCAGCCGGUUCCUGUUGACUCUGGUGCUGUUGGGGGUGGUGCUCCUGGAGGUGCUGCGUCUGGGGGUGCUGAGCCUGUGCGUGCGGAGCCUGGGGGUGCUGAGUCUGGAGGUGAGACGCUUGAGGGUACUGGGACUGCUGGUGCGCGGCCUACUUGGAGUGGCCGCCUUCGUCCGCGUGUGCCUCUCACCACUCAGCAGCUGCACGACUGGUACGGUCGCCGUCAGCGUCGCGCUGCUGGAGCCCGGGGCUCUGCUGCUGGAGGUACUGGAGCUACUGGGGCUGGGGGUGCUGCGCCUGGAGGUGCCGUUGCUGGAGACACUGAGGCUGGAGACCUUGGGACUGGAGGUGCUGGUUCUGGGGGUGCUCGUGCUGUGGGAGACCCUGAGGUUGGAGACCCUGGGACUGGAGGUGCCGGUUCUGGGGGUGCUGCUGCUGGUGACGCUGGUUCUGGUGGUGCUGCUGCUGGGGGUACCGGCUCUGCGACUGGAGCUGCUGGAGCUGCUGGAGGCACUGGAGCUGCUGGAGUUGUUGGAGACCCUGGGGCUGCUGGAGGUGCUGGAGCUGCUGGAGGCGCUGGAGCUGCUGGAGGUGCUGGAGCUGCUGGAGCUGCUGGUGCUGGUGCAGCUGCACCGACGCAACUGUAG